AUGUCGCGCAGCGCCCCCACGCAGGAGCUGCAUUUUGUCAUUGGCGGUGUGGGCUUCCUCGGCACGCACAUCGUGAAUGCGCUCGUGAAGCGUGGCGAAAAGGCUGUGGCUGUGUUUGACCUGCGUGAGCCGGAAGAGCGCACGCCGGGUGUGCAGUACUACGACGGCGACCUGACGAGCCGCGCGUCGCUCACGCGCGCGAUUGCCAACGCGCAGGAGGACAUUGGCGGAGAGAAGCGCUCGGUUGUGGUGUAUCACACUGCAAGCCCUGUCGCUGGCCUCGGCGCGGCGGUCUACGAAAAGGUCAACGUCAAGGGCACCGAGACCGUCCUGCACGUCUGCAAGGACGCUGCGAACAACGUCGCAAAACUCAUCUUCACCUCGAGCGCGGGCGUGGUGUUUACUGGCCGCGACCUGAACUAUGUCGACGAGCGCCUGCAGUACCCGCUCGUGCCAAUGGAUGCGUACAACGACACCAAGGCCCGCGCCGAGCAGGCCGUCCUUGCCGCGAACGACCCCGAGGGCCUCCAGACCGUUGCGCUGCGCCCUGCCGGUAUCUUUGGCCCCGGCGACCGCCAGGCGCUGCCCGGCUUCUUCAACGUAGUCGAGUCCGGCCGCACCAAGUUCCAGAUCGGCAAGAACCAAAACCUCUUUGACUGGACGUACGUCGAGAACGUCGCCCACGCGCACCUCCUGGCGUCCGACUGCCUCGGCGUGCGCGGCGGCCCGAAUGCGCGCCCUGCGAAGGAGUACGACUCGGCGCUGCUCCUCUCCGAGCACCUGUCCCACCGCGCGCUCGGCGAGGAGGAGGUCGGCCUCUACCGCGAUGUCCCCGUCUCGCUCGAGCGCCAGGACGUGCCUGCGCCCGCGACCGACUUUGCGCGCGCGCACCAGCCGCGCAUCAAGGACCGCACCGGCCUCGACGAGCGCGUCGUCUUCCGCAACCGCUUUGACCCUCUUUUCCACCACGCAAGCCCCGGGCUGCCGUCCGGCGGCAACCCCCGCCCCAAGGUACACUCGCUCGCGAAACCGCGCCUCGGCGCGGGCGGCGAGGCCUUCUUUAUUACGAACGGCCAGCCGGUCGCGUUCUGGGACUUUCCGCGCGCGCUGUGGUACCGCUACAACGGCACGGUGGUCACUAAGGACAAUGCAUUUGUGCUCGGCCUGCAGUUUGCGCUGAUCAUCGCGUUCCUCGCCGAGUGCUACUCGUGGAUUACGGGGCGCCCGGUGCAGUUCACGCGCUACCGCGUGACGUACACGGCCUGCGCGCGUUACUACAACAUCGAGAAGGCCCGCCGUAUCCUGGGCUACGAACCGCUAAUUGGUAUGGAAGAGGCGAUCGACCGCAGCGUUGCGUGGUGGAAGAAAGACCACCCCGUCGAGCAGCGCGCCAACGAGUCGGCCAAGACCAAGUAG